AUGUCUGGCCAGGGUAUGUUCUCCUGUUCCCCUGCUGGUGGUUGCCCUUCUGCUGGCUCAGCGCUGAAUGUCAAGGAAGAUGUCUUCAGAUAUGGAUGGGACCGUGCUCCUGUUGUGGAAGGCAUUAAGAAAACCAUCCUGUAUGGAGGGACAGCUGAGAUGCCCCGGUUCAUUACUGGGACCAAGGUAGCCUUCCAUUUCUGUACCCUGCUGUGUGAUGAUUGUAAGGUGAUAGACGACAGUAAGGGGCUGGGCGUGCCCAUGAUUGGAAACAUGUUCAAGCUGGAGAUCUGGGAGACCCUGCUCACCUCCAUGAAGAUCGGAGAGGUGGCCGAGUUCUGGUGCGAUGUCACUCACACUGGCCUCUACCCCCUGGUGGCCACACACACACGCAUUGCGGAGGGCAAGGACCCUGUGGACUGGCACAUCCAUUCGUGUGGCAUGGUCAACAUGUUUGCCAACCACACCCUGGGCUAUGAUGACCUGGACCAGCUACAGAAGGAGCCUCAGCCUCUCUACUUUGUACUGGAACUGGUCAGGGUGCACCGGCCCAGUGAGUAUGACAGGGAGUCGUGGGCUCUGAAUGAUGAGGAGAGGCUGAAGGCUGUGCCCUUGCUCCACGGCAAGGGGAACAUGAAGGUGUGGAUCGAGGGCCUGUUCUGA